UACUCCAACUGUGUUCAUUGCUUGUCCGCAGACGAGAAAGUCCACAUGGAGGAGCUUCUCGACUUUUCCUUCGACCACAUCGACAAGCUCGCAGAACGUCGGGGAAAGACGAUCGCAAGAGCUGAGAAGUUGCGUCUUUGGGAGUAUGUGCAGCCGAUGAGGCGCGAACAGCUCUGCAGGGUACCCACGGCUCUGCCCUGGGAAGAAGUACAAGUCAAGCAUUCAACCCGCAGUCGGUCUCUAUCGUCCGGCUCAUUGCACUGCCACAUGACGUUCUCGGGCGUUGGGCUUGCCACGCCCCCACCGCCGCUGUACUCGCUGCGGAAGCCGCUACCACCAACUUUUCGUGGGACAGCCACCUACGAGCCCCCGUACCAGCAGAAGUGCGACCCGAACGAACGCUUCACACUUUCCGAGGAGUGGGACAGUGGUUCACCGCCCCGGAGUCAUGUUGUUUCGGCAACACGUUUCAAGAAAAAGCAAGGCUGGCAGCGACUCCCGGAGAACGUUUUUCAUCAGAAACACUAAGAUCCUUCGAAAGACGACAGCAGUGUCAUGAAGAGGAAUCACAGGCUCCACUCAAGGGGCCUGAGAAGCAACGACCGACAGGAUUCCUCCGACGGUCUCUGCGGAGGGUAGCCACGGCUACGCGGAAACGCGAUUCGCAUGAUGCUGUCAAGACCGAUAUUUAGGGCAUAAUGUAAAUGUUUUAUUCCAGUUUACUUCAGUUUCGACUAAUUUAUCGCUUGCUCUGCGCGAAUAAAUAAUUCCUCCGCUA